UCAUUGCUGACAAUAUUGUUCGAAGCACUCGACACUUCGAUUUUGUCUACAAAGUCUUUGUCCCUUUUUAUGCUGCCUAAGUCAACGCUUCUAAUACUCUACAGCAGAUGAAAAGGAACGAAAGGAGAAGCUCUAUCGGAAAUGCGCAUCGAGCCCUUUCUUUGCGCCGGCACGGUUGGCCUUGUCAACGGCAGCUUACUGAUACCUCGCCAGACAGAAGCUAGUCAAUUUUCAUGGGAUCAAAUCUCAGAGUCUACAGAGCUCCGAUGGGAGCCUUGCUUCGUGAGCUACACUUGUUCGCGCCUCAUCGUCCCCCUUGACUAUACGAACUCUUCCGCUGGUAAUGCCACCAUCGCAUACAUUAAGCAAGCUGCUCAGCGCAACUCUUCUUCAGCAGAGGACAUUUUGAUCAAUCCUGGAGGGCCGGGGGAGUCCGGCGUGGGUGCUGUACUAAGACUUGGACCUAUGCUUGCCCAACUUAUGCCACAAUAUAAUAUUGUCGGCUUCGACCCCAGAGGUGUCAACAAUAGCGGGCCAGCACUAAGAUGCUUUGGUCAAGAUGAAAGAAGUCGCGCCCGUGAGAAGGAAUACUCGACUCAAUUCAUUCGUACGGUUGAUGGUAAGAGUGAGCGGAGCUUACGUUACCAGUUUGAGGCCUCGACAGCUUUUGGUAAAUGGUGCACCAAGUUCAACGAGAAUACUGACGCAAAGUAUGCGAACACUGUUGCCGUUGCGCACGAUAUGGCUCACUACAUUGAAAUGGUUGCUAAAGCAAGUGGUAAAGAUCCUGAAGAGGCGAAGUUGAACUACUAUGGCGUAAGCUAUGGUACCGUAUUGGGCACCACAUUCGCUUCACUCUUCCCUACUCGAUUAGGACGAUUUGUCCUCGACGGCGUGGUAGAUGCUCAGGACUACUACGGCGGUAGCUUUGCGAGCAACCUGCGAAGCACGGACGAUGUCGUCAAUGAUUUUUUUAGAUUCUGUCACGCUGCUGGAGAGAUCAAAUGCGCCAUCUGGGACAACUCGACUGAAGCCAUAUCGAAGCGCACCAGAAAUAUUCUCGAAUCAAUUCGCCAAUUCCCAAUCCCUGUCGCGGACAGCACGGUUGUGGAAUAUCCACAAGUGAUCAGAUAUGAGGAUAUCAGCUUUAUCUUCAUGGCAACCAUGUACUCGCCUCUGUCAAAGUGGUCUGUCCUCUCCAAGAUGCUCUCUGACAUUGAACGUCGUGACGCUUCCUCUGCGGCAAAGUUCUUAAGCGCUGUCAGUCCCACAGUUGUUGGGCCAACUGUGAUGAUUGGGGGUAUAGACGCUGCGCGGAACAAUCGAGAAAAGUUUAAUACUUAUGAGAAAUGGACUGCGUACAUGGCGAGGUUGACCAAGGACAGUGAAUGGGGCGCUGAUGCGUGGGCCACCCUUGGUCUCGCAGGAAAGGACUUGGAGAUAUACCCUCCAGUGAGCCAGCAAUUCAAUGACACGUCGUUCAAUGUGCAAUCCAACUCGCCGAUCCUGUUCGUGUCUAAUACGCACGAUCCAUCUACACCACUGCUUGGUGCCCAGAAAAUGCACAGCUUGUUUCCAGGCUCAGGGUUGUUGAUACAGGAUGCCCCAGGUCAUGUUGCCACACUGUCUGCUGUUUCCAGCUGUACUUUGGGCCACAUCAGCCAUUAUUUUACUAGCGGGCAGAUUCCUCCGCCGAAUACCACUUGUAGUGUAGAAUCAGUACCUUUCAUCUCAGGAGGCCUUUGAGAUACACACUGCACAGAAUUUCAAACAUGCUCUAGUGUAAGGCAGACGUCACGACAAUAGAUAGCUCUAGUUCAUAGUAACUUGUUUUACAAGCGAGUAAGCUACUUAAGCAAGUAAGAUACUCUCCC